AUGCGUGGGCGCGCGGAGGUGGGCACUCAGACGGAGCCAGUGGUGGUGCUGUCGCUGGCGCAGGCAGCCGUGCUGGGCCUCAUCUCACAGAACGAGGUUUUUGGAGCCACCAUCGCCCCCAACGGCUUCUACACGGGCGACCCCAAAGAGUCCCCCGCACCCCCCUCCGAGAGAAUGGACUACGAGUACGCCGACCAGCUCAUCGGGGCCAACGGAGACUACCUGGGCCAGAACGGCCUAGUGGAGGACGGACACAUGCCCCCCCACCCCGACUGCGGCGACCGCAGGUGGCACGCACCCCCCCACGACGGCCCCAAGCCCCCAACAGGCCACCCUGACCCCUCUGUGUCAGGGGUGGGAGUCAAAGGUGAAGGGUCAUCUGCAGGAUCUUCACUGCCGCCUUGCGGGCACAUGAUGACUGGGAUACCUAUGGGUGACCCGGCUGGAGGGUACCGACUGGCGCACAAAGACCCUCCGCCGUCUCUGCCGCCGCACCCCCCCGGUUGUCCCGACUGCCUGCGCGAAGCCAAGAGCUCCCACACUCCGACACCACAGGGUGACCCGCACCCUCACGCUCACCCGCACGGGCAUCACCCGCACCCACACGCGCCGCCACACCCCCACCCUCACCCCCAUCCGCACAACUCCUCGCGUGACCGCGGUGGACACGGACCUCCGCCGGGGAAGAGGGGUGCAGGAGUAGCAGCGGGAGCAGGAGGAGGCGCUGGGGAGAACAGCGACGACAGGGGAGGAGAAGAGGACGGGAGGAACCGCCCCGGAGGAGGAGACGAGGAAAUUAGUGGCUACUUUCAGCACAGCGAGUCAAGGAAUGUUCUGGAACGAUCCGGGCGAGGGUGGGGGGGGGGAGGAGGAGGAGGAGGAGGCAGCAGCGGAGGCGGAUCAGGAGGAUCAGGAGGAGGUGGAGGAGCAGGAACAGGAGCAGGAGCAGGAGCAGGAGCAGGACCAGGAGGUCCUGGAACGGGUGCCCACCAUCACCACCACCACCAUCACCACCACCACCACUCGGGCCGGCGCAUCGAUCGCCUGGACAUCAACAUCCAGAUCAACGAGUCGUACUGCGUGGAUGUGGGCGAGGGGCUGCGCCGCUGGAAGUGCCGCAUGUGCGACAAGUCGUACACCUCCAAAUACAACCUGGUGACGCACAUCCUGGGCCACAACGGCAUCAAGCCGCACGCCUGCCCGCACUGCGGCAAGCUCUUCAAGCAGCCAAGCCACCUGCAGACGCACCUGCUGACUCACCAGGGCACGCGGCCGCACAAGUGCACCGUCUGCAAGAAGGCCUUCACACAGACCAGCCAUCUGAAGCGCCACAUGCUGCAGCACAGCGACGUCAAGCCCUACAGCUGCCGCUUCUGCCGCCGCGGCUUUGCCUACCCCAGCGAGCUGCGCGCCCACGAGGCCAAGCACGAGCGCGGCCGCUGCCACGUGUGCUCGCAGUGCGGCAUGGAGUUCCCCACCUACGCCCACCUUAAGCGCCACCAGGCCAGCCACCAGGGGCCCCAUGCCUUCCAGUGCGGCCAGUGCCACAAGUCCUUCCCCUACCGGAGCCAACUGCAGAGCCACAUGCUCAAGCACCAGCCGGGCCGCUCCUACGCCUGCUCCCAGUGCGGCCUGCAGUUCCAGCAGCUUUACCUGCUGCGCCAGCACGCCUUCACCCACAAGGGGAGCACGCCCAGCACGCCCAGGGUUAAGGGUCGUAAGGGCUUCAAGUGCGACGUGUGCGCUCGUGAGUUCACGCUGUCGGCCAACCUGAAGCGGCACAUGCUGAUCCACGGCAGCGUCCGGCCCUUCCAGUGCCACGUGUGCUUCAAGUCCUUCGUCCAGAAGCAGACCCUCAAGACCCACAUGAUCGUGCAUCUUCCUGUCAAACCCUUCAAGUGCAAGGUGUGUGGGAAGUCCUUUAACCGAAUGUACAACCUGCUGGGCCACAUGCAUCUGCACGCGGGCAGUAAGCCCUUCAAGUGCCCUUACUGCUCCAGCAAGUUCAACCUCAAGGGCAACCUCAGCCGUCACAUGAAGGUCAAACACGGCAUGGACGUCUCUCCGGACGGGCAUGAACCCCCACCAGAGCUAGAACCACAGGAGGACUAUGAAGAAGAGAACUUUGACUUUGCUCCUCCCGAGAAUAUGGAGAACAACGAUGCGCCCAACCUCACCAAGUUGUCCGAGGUGGCAAUCCAGGAGCUGGACUACUACAACUUCGGCAAAGACGUGGGGAACUUCAACUCAGCCUGAGAGCAGAAGAACUGCCCCCCCACCCCACCCCCACCUCAUGUCCACACAUCUCCCCCUGAGUCCCCACCCCACUCUUGACCUCUACUACGCAACACAGUCUCUCUCACACACACAUGAAUACCCACACACACACACACACAUACAAACACACACACACAAAUGAACACACAAACCUGCUGCCAGCAUUGGCGCUUACAGACCCUGUGUGAACCAGAACUCAACCCCAGGGAAUUACAGUGGGGGCUGUGGAGGGCAGCCAUCUUUGCUUUGUUUCCUCACUGCGCCGCCAUUCCGGCCCUGUUUCUGCUGAGGGACUAUGAGUCUGGACAAACACCUUUACCCGCAAGACUUUCCUGUUUCCUGCUCAGGCAGUUGAUGGACCCUCUGAAAGUGAACACAGCGCUGAGACUGUUUCAAACUGCAGUUACAUACACAGGAAGUCCUGGUUUGGUGUUCCUGCGACAUAUUAAACAAAAAAAGAAAAAACGUGCAUUUGCAUUGUGGUCAUAUUAGAAGUCAAAUAUUUAAAGGACUGUUUUCCAUCUGCCAUAAUCCACCUGUCAUGUUAUUUUGGUGAGAGAAUGCAUGUGAAAAAUGGUGUGCAAAUGUUAAGUAUGGUGUGUGUGUGUGUGUGUGUGUGUGUGUGUGUGUGUGUGUGUGUGUGUGUGUGUGUGUGUGUGUGUGUCUGUUUGACUGAGGUAAAGGAUGAGAGUGCGUUUGCUGUUUACCCCCUUUACCAAAGCUCUUGCCGUAAGCCAGAAUAUACACCUUACCCCAACAAUCAGUAACCCGACGCCACCAACUACCCACGACAACACCCGAAAACAACCAACUAUGUCUAACCCGUGUCCUGGGACCUUGCAUUGUCAGGUCCUUCGAAGCCUACUGGUUUAGCACUGUGAGCUAUCUCGGAGAAAAAAGACAGUGUACUUAACUCUAGGUCUCAAGUGUAGUAAUUUAGCUCUUCAUGGACUAACUUCCAUUGUUAGCAAGAACUUGUGAUCCUUCUCCAUUCCUUCUGGUAUCUGCUUUGUUUGAUUGCUGAGGUUGCUCUAGAAAGUUCAGAAUUCUGAUACCCGUUCAUGUUCGGUAUUUGGUCACCUGAGGGACUGUAAUUUCAAAUCAGUCCAAUUAGAAGAGAUUACAGUCCCCCCUGUUACUGAAUGCUAUUUAUUUUGCACUUUUUGAUGGAAACACACUUAUAAAUGGGGAAAAGAGGACUCAAUUCAAGUAUUUAGCCACUAACCUUCCUUUUGGCUGGUUUUCUGGUGAAGCCUUAAACCUAGUCUUGGACUUCAUUUUGUUUAUGAGAAAAGAGAUUUUUUUUUUUGUUUCUGUUGCAGCUUCCAGUAUAGACUAGCACUAGAAUUAGCGGCUAAUGGACUGAAUUGAAUUCACCCACCCUCUCUGUUCUCUUCUGAGAGACAAACUUGACCUUUGACCCUUUGUGUAAGAACUCAUCAUUUCAUCACUACUUUCUGCUCCCAACUGCCAUCUGCCCACUCUGUAGAUAGUUAAUGAGGCUUUUUUUUUUUCUUCCCAUGCUGGUUGCCAGGCCAUUCUGCCCUGCCUUUGGGUAGGAGAGGUCUGAAUGUUUGUAUGUUUGCAAAAGAAAGAAAGAAAGAAAGAGAGAGAGAAAGGAAGAGGGAGGCAGGCAGGGCGGCAGUCUGCAGCUUUGCUCUUUGGGAGAUACAUCAGUCUGUUAUUCAAACUCACAAAAUGGAUGGAUGGCUUGUCUUCUCUUUUGGUUAUGAGUAGUGCAACCGACUUUGAAAAUUCACUCCUGGUUAUUUAAUAAAGAUUCUCUAGUUCAGA